CAUCUCUGCUCUCCAGUCCCCCCUCCGCUCCGUUAGCUGCCGCUGUGGCUCCGCGGUGUGAAACUCGGAGGAAACAGGAACAAACAGGACGAUUCAGGCUUUAGUCAGUUGGACCGCUGCAUGUCCACGGGCUGGGAAGAAUAAUCCACAGGUUCGGCAGAGAUUCUGGAUCUGGAAACCCCGGGACUGCAGCAGGAAGCACGGGGAACCGAGGCUAGGAUUGGCUCGGUUAUUUCCGUAGCGGAUCCCGAAGUGAAGCAGGGAAGGAGAAAGGAAGAUGGAGAGCCCCAGUCCUACAUUUUGAGUGUGACAAAUCCGUCCUGGGAAAAGUUGACCUGGGAGCCAUCCGGAACCAUGACCCGGCAGCUCUUUGGGUUCUCAGCCAACCGGCGCAUCGUCGGUGGCCUGCUGGUCAACCUUUUCUCCUCCAUCUGCAUCGUCUUCAUCAACAAGUGGAUCUACGUCCACUACGGCUUCCCCAACAUGACCCUCACCCUCAUUCAUUUUGUGGUCACGUGGUUGGGACUCUACAUCUGCCAGAAAAUGGACAUUUUCUGUCCAAAAAGCCUCCCAGUGCGCAGGAUCAUGUGGUUGGCGCUCAGCUUUUGUGGCUUUGUGGCCUUCACCAACCUCUCUCUGCAGAACAACUCGAUAGGAACGUACCAGCUGGCCAAAGUCAUGACCACGCCCGUCAUCAUCCUCAUCCAGACCACCUACUACAAGAAGACCUUCUCCACCAAGAUUAAGCUGACGCUAGUACCCAUAACUUUGGGGGUGAUAUUGAACUCCUACUACGACGUGCGUUUCAACCUGUUGGGGAUGGUUUUUGCAACACUGGGGGUUCUUGUCACUUCACUUUACCAAGUGUGGGUGGGGGCGAAACAACAUGAGCUCCAGGUGAACUCCAUGCAGCUUCUCUACUAUCAGGCUCCUCUGUCAUCCGCCGUCCUCCUCGGGAUCAUCCCGCUGUUUGAGCCGCUGGCCGGAGACGGUGGGAUAUUCGGACCCUGGUCACUGACUGCUCUGGUGGCGGUGCUGUUCUCAGGCGUGGUGGCGUUCCUCGUUAACCUUUCCAUCUAUUGGAUCAUCGGGAACACUUCGGCUGUAACCUACAACAUGUUUGGUCAUUUCAAGUUCUGCAUCACUCUGAUUGGAGGAUAUCUGCUUUUCCAUGACCCGCUGUCUCUCAACCAGGCGUUGGGAAUCCUCUGUACGCUGGCAGGAAUCCUGUCCUACACUCACUUCAAGCUGCUUGAACAGGAGGAGGGAAAAAGCCGCCUGGCUCAGAAGCCAUAGGCUGACCUCUGACCCCUCACAGCAACUAGAUGAAGAAACCUCCUUAGAUGUCUCAGAAUGUCCUUUAGAGGAACAAAACAUUUCUUUAAAAUUUUACUCUUCAGGAAGAGAAGCGGAAACAAAUCGCAGCAUCGCCUCGACUCGAAAUCCAAAGCAGUGUUGGCUUCAAAAAACAAAAUUUUUAUUUUCAACAAAGAUCAGGAUAACGGCCUUUCAGGAGUUUUUGCACGGGCAGAUUUGGGUCUGAGUUGUCUGCAGAAUUUCCUGCAAAUAUUUGAGAUUUAAUUGACAAACUGGACGGUUUUAGAGCAACGGAUCAACAGAAAUCAGACCAAAACAAAGCAUUUACCAGCCGGCCCCCCUGACGCUGCCUAUUCUGCACAUCGUUUGUGCUGCCACUCAUCAUGGGCUUCAGUGUUCAUUUUAGGUAUUUAAUGAUUUAUUUACUCAUAUUCGCGGGUCAAUUUGAUUAUGUAAAACAAAGACUGCCUUUUUAUCAAUCAAGUUUUAAGCACACAGGGUUUUUGCAAAAAA